AUGAUAUUUUGUAUCUCAGGCAUAUACAUUUGCUUUUCUUUGUGGUCUAUCAAACAAGAGCGUCUUAUGACAAAAUCGUAUGCGCGUUACCUCCCUGAAGAGAAGCGGUGGGAAAAUGAGAUGUUUCCUUCAGUUCUUGGGGUGGGGUUUUGUCAAUCUCUUUCUGGGGUUGUGUGCGCCGCUUUAUUGAUAUUUGUGCAAUCGAUGUUUUCGACUAAGAAAUCCAUUACCAUCAAACCCUCCAUUUCAGAGGCUAAUGAUGUGAAAAAAAGAGAAUCUCAGAGUAACUCUGUCCAUUCGUCACAAUCUAGCUUACCGGAAGCUAGAUUCCUGAAGCUGAGGGAUCUCCAGCAUAUCCUUACCAUUGGUUUCUUUGGAGUCAUCAGUACGGCCUUUGGGUACUUCUCUAUGCGAAUGUUACCUUAUCCAGUUGUUUUGGCAGCUAAGAUGUCAAAAAUGUUACCUGUGAUAGUGGUAGGCUUUCUCUGGCAUGGUACACACUAUUCUACCGAUAAAAUCGCAUCUUGUUUUCUAAUUACAAUUGGCAUAUUCUGCUUCUACUUUACCGAAGGGCAAUCGGAGAAGAAGAAGGUAGUACGUUUAAACUUUAACUCAUCUAAAGCAGCUAACACAUAUGAAGAUGGAGAUACUUCGAGUUUUUUCCUUUUGAGCGAGAUUGGUUUUGCACUUUUGUUUUGCAGUCUUAUUCUGGAUGGAUUUAUCAGCUCUACACAAGACGUGCUUAUAAAGAAACGGAAGUGGACUGGGCGGAAACUCAUGCUGUGCGGAAACCUUUCUUCAGCCUUAUGGACACUCGCAUUGAUGCUGCUUUUAGAGUUCGCCGAGCCGUUGAGCGUAGUCGGUUCUUCUGUCAUAAGUGUCUUUCCUCUCGGCAGGUUUGUUGCACCAUUUGGGGGUUCUGUAUUGCAACACUACAGGCACCAUUUUAUGUCUAUCAGAAAUACACUUGCAGUGCUUCCUGUCCCUUUUCAUGAGUUAUCCAAGACAAUUCGAUUUUUAAAAGCGUAUCCUCAGGCGCAGUUUGAUCUUUUUCUCAUAGGAUUUCUCAAUGGAUUUGGACAACUGUUUGUGUUCUACACCAUUUUUCUCUUUGGUACCCUCACUCUGACUGCUAUGACCGUGACACGCAAAGCAGGCAGCGUGCUAUUGUCGAUUAUAGUGUAUGGGCAUUCUGUAGGUCGUCUACAAUGGCUGGCACUCGUUAUUAUCAUAAUGGGUGUGAUCUUGGAAGGCUUUUUGAGUAUUAAAACUGCUUCAUCCAAAGAUUUAGAUCCUACUGAUUCGAAGAAAAAUACGGGAGGAGAGGGAAGGAAUGUGCGCUCCGAGUAA